AUGGAGCGAGAGGGAUGCGGCAGCGAUGAUAUCAUCAGCCUGGCCUCCGACGGCGGUGACACCGUCGUCGUCCCCCCGCGGUGGCGCCCUGGCAGCGGCGGGGCUGGGCUGCGCGUGCCCGCACGCACGGAGAGGAGGCUGCGCGCCGCCGAGGUAGCCCUGCGGUUCGCGGCGUGCGGAUUCGCGCUGGCCGUGGCCGUGCUGCUCAAGGUGAACAAGGAGACUCGUGAUUUCUUCGGAUUGUUCGUGAAGGUGGCGCGGUACACGGACAUGCCGUCGCUCGUGCUCCUGGUGAACACAAACUUGAUAGCGGCGUCCUACAACUUUCUCCAGGGAGGGAGUUGCCUGGUGAGCACGGUCAGAGGCAGGCCGCUCGUCAGCAAGCCAAUGGCCUGCGCGAUCUUCUUCUGCGAUCAGGUGAUAGCCUACGUCGCGCUCUCGGCACUGGCGGGAGCGCUGGUGGCGGCGAUGAUAAGCAAGCUCGGACAGGCGCAGUUCGGGUGGAUGAAGACGGUCCACCUUUACAAGAGGUUCAGCAUGCAUGCCGCCGUUGCCAUCAACUGUGCGCUCGUCGCCGUCGUGGCAAUGGUCGUUGUCUCGGCCCUGUCGACGUUCAACCUGUUCCGGUUGUACGGCGCCGGUGAAGGCAGAAAAAUAUAG